AUGUCGGCUCCGUUCAGCGUGUCUGUAAACUUUGGCCCGAUGUUCUUUGCCGUCGUGUUCGACACGCUCUUGUACGGAGUUCUGUGCACGCACAUGUUCCUCUACUUCACUUCGUUCCAACGGGAUCCGUUGUGGAUGCGGUCCCUCGUUGGCGCCUGUUUAGUGGUUGAGACCGUGCACACUACCCUGAACAUCAUCUCUAUCUACAUCCCUCUGGUCCAGAACUUCGGGGAUUAUUUUGGCCUGUUGCAUGCAUCAUGGGCGGCCCAGGGAACACCGAUCACCACUGGUGUCGUCGCCAUGCUUGUCCAAUGGUUCUUCGCAUGGCGCAUCAAAAUCAUUACGAGGAGCAUGUGGAUCUUCGCAGCCAUCAUAUUCUUCUCUCUUGUGCAGAUAUCCGGUGCCGUUGGAGCGACGAUCUCCGUCCACAAGAUCCCUUAUUCCCUCGAUUUCUACAAGUUCCAGAACGUCAUCAUCGUCUGGUGCAUUGGCGCGGUCACUGCGGACGUUUUAAUUACUACCACACUCGUGUACUUCCUGAGCAAGCGCAAGAGCGGAAUGGAAACAACCGAUACGCUCGUUGACAAGAUCAUUCGUCUCACUGUCGAGACGAACCUUCUCACCUUCAUUUGGAACAUCGUUGACCUCGCUCUGUACCUCCGCAUCACGACGACCUUGCACUUGGUGUUCAACCUCACGAUCUCCAAAUUCUACUCCCUCUCCCUCCUCGUCUCCCUCAACGCGCGCGACGUCUGGAAACGCGACGUUAGCUCGCAGUCGGGCCCGCACAGCCUCCACGUCGCGCGUGGCACCAUCGGCGGCACCGAGCCCAACGCCCAGCGCGGCUUCGCCGUCGGCAUGCUCCGCACGACGGAAUCUACAUCCACCAUGCGUGGCGCCGGCACGAAGAGUCAACCGAUCUUCAUUGGGGUCGAGGCGCACGAGCUCGUGACGGUGGACGACGGAAGGACGACGCGGUUCGUCGUUGGGAAUCGUGACGAGGAUCAGAAGGGAACGCUCUCGGGAACGCGUCGGAGCGUGUCGUCCUCGUCCGGGGACCAGGCGGUGUGA